AACACACAAAAAAAUACAUCAAUAUCAUCAUGAAGUAUUUCAACACAAAACGCACCGUGUUGUUCUUGAUAGGAGCUUUGCUCAUCUCAACUUUAUUUUUCGUAGGAAUUAGAGCUCAAGAAGAGGAAGAAAUUAAAGAUGAACCUAUUCUUGAAGAACAAGAUACACAAGGAUACAUUUCCUCACCUGAUGUUGUUCCAUAUGCAUUGUUAAAUCAAGAUCAAAAGACUGUUGAAUUAGGCAAGGAAACUGAAGUCGUUUUGGGUUUCUUGAACACUGGUGAUCUUCCAUUCAGCGUCCAAUUCAUCCGUGGUUACCUCCUCAUGAAUCAAGAUCAACCUUACAUUGUUCAAAACUUUACUGGUGCUCUCCAAAACGUUACUGUUGGUCCAGAAGAAACUGCUACCUUCUCCUACAAGUUCACUCCAGAAAAGAUGUUGGAUUCCCGUGAAUAUACCGUCAUGGUUGAUGUCUUUUAUUUGAAUGUUGAAAACGAUACCUUCUCCACCACUUUCUUCAAUCAAACUAUUCAAUUUGUUGAAGCUGCUGAAUCUGCUGAUUUUGAAACUGUCUUCUCCUACAUUUCCCUCUUCGGUAUGUUGGGUUUGAUGGCUUUCGGUGCUUGGUACUUGUUCAAGGGUACUCCACAAUACAAGAAGGUCUUUGGUGCUUCCUCUGCUUCUUCCACCACUACCUCCACUGAAAAUAUUGUCACUGACAAGAAUAAGAAUACUAUUAAUUUGGACUUUAUUCCACAAGAACACAGAAAGCAUCUCAAGUUGGCCAAGAAGGACUAAGUUGAAUGUACUAGAGUUUUUUCAAAUUUUCAAAACGAUAUUGUUGUAAUAAAAAUAUAAUUAUUUAAUUU